AUGGCGGCCACCGAUGAUAUUGGUAACCCUAACCCUUCUCAAGUAGAAGACUUGGAUGAGAAGAGCCUCGCCGUUACACGUCUAGAUCUGGUUGUUGUAGGGGACGAGGCGAGGCCAAUUGAUCCCGAGGUCGAGCGACGCGUUUUGCGCAAGAUUGAUUUCUUUCUGAUGCCGGCCAUGGUGAUAGGGUAUGGAUUGGUUUAUUAUGAUAAAGCCAUUUUAGGAAGCGCAGCUCUGUUCGGGAUGUCGAAGGAUUUACAUCUCGCGGUUGAAUCCGAUACGUCAAGGCAGAGCUGGGCAACCUCAAUCUUUUACUUUGGGCAGCUUAUAGGCUCCUUUCCCAUGACUUACAUAGUGCAGCACUUUGAGGUGCGGUGGGUUCUCGGCCCAGCAGUAUCGAUUUGGGCUAUCAUCUGUGCUGCUACGGCAGGAGUGACAACGUGGCAAGGACUCCUAGUGCAGCGAUUCUUCCUUGGUUUCACGGAGUCUAUCAUUCCCACGUCCUUCAUGGUCAUUGUCAGCGGAUACUAUACGCAGUCUGAUCAAGCCUUACGCCAAAGCUGGUGGUUCUCAGGCACCGGUUGGUUUACCAUAAUUGGAAGUGCGAUCAACUAUGGUUUUGCUCAUAUCGAGAGUGGCGUGCUCAAGACCUGGCAAUACAUCUAUAUUUUCUCUGGAUGCUUAACCUUCUUGUUUGGUAUCUGGUGCUUCUACUUGCCUAGCUCACCUCUUGAAGCUUGGUUCUUAACUCCCGAAGAGCGACUCGUCGCAGUGGAACGUCUGCGCCAGGGGCAGACCGGAGUAAGGAACCAAACAAUUAAGCUAUGUCAGGUUAAGGAGGCACUCCUAGAUAUCAAGGUCUGGCUUGUUUCUCUGAUUAUGGCUGCAGCGUACACCACCAAUGGCGCGGUGUCUGGAUUCGGUCCUCUAAUUGUCUCGACCUUUGGUUACUCGUCACUUGAAAGUAUUCUGUUUCAAUUUCCUCUAGGUGCCGUCUGUGCUAUCGGCAUUCCACUAACUGUCAUUGCAGGCUUUAUCAUGAUCUGGAAGUCCACCUGGGGUUAUAAACCCAUUACACCCGUUGCGGGCUACUCGAUGAUUGGAUUCUUUGGCCCUGUUGUCAGUCUUACAAUCGCAAUUGGCUCCGGCAAUGUUGCUGGUGAGACGAAGAAAAGCUUCAUGGCGGCUGCGGUCUUUGUUGCCUACUGUGUAGGCAAUAUCAUUGGUCCACAGUUGAUUCAUAGCCAGACUAAAUCCAAGCACUAUCCCGAACUCUGGUUGGGACUGAUUAUCUGGUAUAAACCGUACACUCUUACUGUAUCUCAGCCAAAGGUCUUUGAUGCUAACUGUCACGAAAUAGUUACUGUCUCACCAUUGCAUUUGCCUCGUUGCUUCAUGGCUGUAAUAUAUCUCUGGCUUUAUGGUCUUUUGUUCCUGGAGGCUAGGGAUAUCGAGAUCUUGAGGGUUGAGCCCGUGUAA